AUGCCAAUGAAGGUCAUGACAUUUGUCCCCAAGAAGGAUGGGUCCUGCCGUCUAGUAGUUGACUACUGUUGCCUAAAUAACUGGACAAAGAAAAACAUGUACCCACUUCCCCGUCCCAAUGACCUCAUGGUCCAGCUCUGUGGUGCCAAGGUCUUCACUAAAUUAGACUUACAAUGGGGUUACAACAAUGUCUGGGUUAAGGAAGGGGACAAGUGGAAAACUGCUUUCCACACCAAGUACAGCUUAUACAAAUCCUUAGUUAUGACCUUUGGUUUGACCAAUGCACCUGCUGCCUUCCAACACUUCAUGAACAAGUUGCUUAAAGACCUUCUGGAUGUAUGUGUCAUCAUCUACCUUGAUGAUAUCCUAAUCUAUUCAAAGGAUGACGUAACUCACACUCAACACAUUCACAAGGUUCUACAACAACUGAUGGAAAACCAAUUAUUCUGCAAGGCAUCCAAAUGCAUGUUCCAUGUCACAUCAGUGGAAUACCUAGGAAUAAUUGUAUUGGAUAAGGGUUUCAGCUUGGAUAAGCUCAAAAUCCAAGCUGUUCAGGAGUGGCCAACCCCAACUAAAGUCAAGGAGGUCCAAUUGUUCCUAGGGUUUGCCAAUUUCCUACAUUGGUUUGUUGCCAAUUUCAGCCACAUGGCCAGGCUGCUGCAUAACCUAGUAAAGAAGGAUACGCAAUGGAAAUGGGAUACUAAGGAGCAAGAAGCCUUCCAAGGUCUAAAGGACGCCAUCACAAAUGCCCCAGUCCUUUGUCACGCCAACCCUGCCAAACCCUACUUCCUGGAAACAGAUGCUUCCAGCGCAGCCCUAGGUUCUAUACUGAGCCAACAACAAGAAGAUGGACACUUACACCCCUUAGGUUUCCUAUCAGAGUCAUUUAAAGGCGCCAAACAAAAUUAUGACACCCACAAUCAGGAACUUUUGGCAAUAAUUAGGUCCUUUGAGUAUUGGCGUAUAUUCCUGGAAGGAACGGAACACCCCAUCACUGUCUUCACUGAUCACUGCAACUUGGAAUACUGGAAGGAAUCCUGCACAUUCAAUUGUUGCCAUGCAAGAUGGCACCUACUCCUUGCCAGCUAUAACUUCCAGAUUGUAUACUGUCCCGGCAAGCAAUCCAGCAAACCAGAUGCCCUAUCCUGCCGCUCCAAUCAUGCCAACAUUCCACCUGCCAACCAAACCAUGUUGCCUGACCCCAUAUUUGCCAAUGUAGCUGUAAUCACGCCUGAAAAGGAACUCCAGCGCCAAAUUGAGGCUGCUCUGGACCAGGACAAAUCCCUAGAAGAAAUAUUACAAUUCCUUCAGAAUGAGUCUAAAGCACCCCCAUCCAUUAGACAAGCCUUCAAGGACUACAAAAUGGAGGCAGGUCUACUGUUCUACCAAGGAAAAAUUGUGGUCCCAGAUGUAGGAGCCCUGCAAAUGGACUUGCUAAGGAUUUUCCACAACAGUCCCCUGGCCAGCCACCUGGGUAGGCAACGCACCUUGGAACUGGUCUCCCAGAGCUACUACUGGCCAGGAAUCCGCGCAGACACUUACUGGCACAUGGAUUCCUGUGAAACCUGUCAACGGAUAAGGAAACCAAAGUACACGUCCAUCCCACCUCAGCCUUUGGAGCUCCCAACACAACCCUGGCAACACGUAUCCUAUGACAUGAUUGUGGACCUACCAAAGGACAGGAUUAACAACUCAAUCCUGGUCAUCAUUGAUAGCUUUACUAAAUACGGUAUAUUUGUCAAAUGCUCCAAGAAACUCAAAGCACCCAAGUUGGUGGACCUGUUCCUGGAACACGUAUGGAAGCGUCAUGGCAUGCCAGAAAAGACCAUAUCCAACAGAGGGCAAGUCUUCAAUAACAAAUUCCUACAAGCCUUGUACAAGCGGCUGGGCAUUGAUCCACACUUUUCCUUGGCAUACCACCCCCAGAGUGAUGGACAAACGGAACAGGUAAAUCCCUCUAUUGAACACUUCCUCAGGGCUUACUCAGGGGUCAAUCAACGGGACUGGACAAAAUGGUUACCAAUGGCAGAGUUUGCUUACAAUAACGCGGUCCAUAGUAGCACAGGGAAGACUCCUUUCAAAGCCUUAUAUGGAUGGGAACCUACCCUAACCCCAUCCAAUGUGCCAACCAAUGUCCCAGAAGCAGACAACCUUGCCCAGACAAUGGAAGCACAAUGGAAGGAGGUGGAAUCUGCCCUCCAACUGUCCAAACAACAAAUGGUGGCUGGAAGUGAAGGAAACCCAACAGAAUUUGAGGUUGGGGAAGAAGUUUGGCUUGAUGCCAAGAACAUCAAACUUAAGACCCUAAGUCCCAAGUUAACAGAACAACACCUGGGACUGUUCAAAGUCACUGAGAAGAUCUCUGAUUGGGCUUACUGCCUAGAACUACCUCCAACAAUGCGGGUCCACAACGUCUUUUACGUAGGAUUAUUGUCCAAGGUCAAACAAGACAACAACUGGGCCUUCAAAAACUGUCCGCCACCUGUUACUGUGGAUGGGGAGGAAGAAUACAAGGUCAAAGGCAUAACGGACACAGUGGAACAAAACAGUGAAUGGUUCUUUAGAGUCAGAUGGAAGGGAUACAGGUCAGAAGAGAAUAUGUGGGAACCCUGGGAAAACCUGAAGAAUGCGGGGAAAAUUUUGAAGAAGUACAAGGAAGAAAUGAAAAAGAAGGCUCUUGGUGCUGCCAAGGCCCUUAGAGGGGGGGCAGUGUUGUAG